GUAUAUAUCUCUAUAAAAACCGCCCGAUUUCCUAUUUUCAUUCUCAACUAAACCUCCCUCUUAUCAUAAAUCUUCAAUAUGUCAGAUUCUCAUUCUCAUUCUCACUCACACACCCAUGGGAACAGCUCACACACACAUUCCCACGACGUAACAGAAGACAACCGCUCACACUGGAAGUAGGUCACAUAUAAAACAAGAAUACCAUUCAACUCACCCAUCAUACACACCAAUACCAAACCUCUCCUCAAAGAACGAGAAUCAUCAAGCUAACCAAAUCCCUAGCGAAAACGCCUCAACAUACAAUACCAAGUUCUCCACAACAAUCACCCAAAUCAUCGCCGAAAUCCAAGCAAGGACAGCCUGGAUAGGCGUUGACUGGAUCGAAGACACCUCCGAUUCAGAGAAAGAAGAGACCACCACCUCCCCAUCUACAACUCCCCAACGAACCGUUCGCUUACUAGACUACGCCUGUGGCACCGGUCUCGUCUCACGCGUAAGAUACACCUCCCUCAUCCCACCAUCUCCUCACCCCAUAAGACGAAUCAACUAACAACAAACCCAGGCCCUAGCCCCCCACAUAACCCAAUCCAUCGGCCUCGACAUCUCCCCAGGAAUGGUCUCCGAAUACAACACCCUCUUCUCCAACCAAGGCAUCCCCCCCUCCGAAAUGUGCGCAAAAGUGGGGAACCUCCUCGACGCCUCCGACCCCUCACCUGUCUCCCUCUCCGGACCCUCAUUCUUCAACUUCGACAUCGUCGCCGUAGGUCUGGGUUUCCACCACUUCGAAGACCCGUUUUUCGCCGCGAAGCAACUCGUUGCGAGGCUGAAGGUGGGUGGUGUGUUGAUGGUUAUUGAUUUCUUGCCGCAUGAGCAUGUACAUGGGCAUACUCAUGCGGCGUCGAAGACGGUUGUGCACCAUGGGUUUGAGAUGGAGGAGGUGAGGAGGAUGUUUGGGGAUGUGGGGGCGGGUGGGGGGUUUGAUUUGCAGGUUUUGGGGAGGGGCGUUGUUUUUAAGGGGGCGAGGGAGGGAGGGGAGGAGAUGAGGAGGAGUGUUUUUAUGGCUAGGGGGACGAAGGUUUAG